AUGGGGAUGCUGAGGAGUACCAAGGAGAGCAACCUAACAGGUUUUAUCCUGCUGGGAUUCUCUGACCAUCCUCAGCUUCUGAAAAUUCUGUUUGUGCUCAUCCUGAUCUUGUAUUUGCUUACCAUUUUGGGGAACACCACAAUCAUUCUGAUCUCUCAUGUGGAACCCAAACUACACACGCCAAUGUACUUCUUUCUUUCUCAUCUCUCCUUCCUGGACCUGUGCUUCACCAGCAGUGUUAUUCCUCAGCUGCUAGUGAACUUGUGGGAUCCCUUGAGAGCUAUCACCUAUGGGGGCUGUGUGGUUCAGCUCUAUGUCUCCCUUGCAUUGGGAUCCACUGAGUGUGUUCUCCUGGCCGUGAUGUCCUAUGAUCGCUAUGUGGCUGUCUGCAGACCCCUCCAUUACACUGUCAUAAUGCACCGCGGUCUGCGCAUGACUCUGGCAUCUAUGGCAUGGCUCAGUGGAGUGGCCACCACCUUGGUACAAUCCACCCUCACCAUGCAGCUGCCCUUCUGCGGACACCGCCGAGUGGAUCACUUCAUAUGUGAGGUCCCUGUGCUCAUCAAGUUGGCUUGUGUGGACACCACCUUCAACCAGGCCGAGCUCUUUGUGGCUAGUGUCUUAUUCUUAGUGCUGCCCUUGUCACUCAUCUUGGUCUCCUAUGGCUACAUUACCCAAGCGGUGUUGAGGAUCAAGUCAGCUACUGGGAGACAGAAAGCAUUUGGGACGUGUUCCUCCCACCUCCUGGUGGUCACCAUCUUCUAUGGAACCAUCAUCUUCAUGUACCUGCAGCCGGCCAAGAGUCGAUCCAAGGACCAGGGGAAGUUUGUUUCCCUCUUCUACACGGUGGUGACCCCCAUGCUGAACCCUCUUAUUUAUACCCUGAGGAACAAGGAAGUGAAGGCAGCACUUAGGAGAGUGUUAAGGAGGCAUCUGAGAGAGCAUUCUACAUAA